CCCUUGUCCCGCAGAACCACAACACUGCAAUCUCCAAACCCCCUAGACAACCCAAUCGUCAAUCCAAAAUACCCUUCUACUACCACAGACCGAUACAUCCUCCGCCACACCAUUCGUUCAAACCCCGCUCUUAUCUCCACCUUACAUACACUGUUGGCUCCCGAAGGAUAUAGUGGUCCUGCAUUCAUAGCUCUCGUAGUUGAUAGUACUGACGAUGAAUUCGACCACCGAAUCAAAGAAUUUACGCAGACGAUCGCGCAUCCCAUUGGCACGUGUGCUUUGAGUACGAUGCUGGAUGGGGAGUUUAGAGUUAAAGGG